AGCCGAGCGCUGCCGGCGCCGCCGCCGCCCGGCGAUGCCAGCGGCCCCCGGCCGCAGCGGCCCGCGGACGCGGCGCUGAGCCGGAGGACGGACGGACGGACGGACGGCGGCCAUGGGCAGCGGCGGCCCCGGCUCGCACGGACGGCACCGGCAGAUGCGCUGAUGUCUGCCCCUCGCACAGACCUGGCCUGCCCGAGGCUGGCCGAUGCGCAGGCGUUGGUGUGAAACCCCAGUAAGAGAAUGAGUGAGAGGGACAUACAAAGCCUGAGCAAAUGGGUUUUCGUGCUCACUCUCUGCCUUACCACGCUGUGGGGAAGACUGACACUGGCCUCCACCCAUCACAGAAGCCAUUCAGGGGACGUAGAGCCUGGCACGUGCGAGGUCAUUGCAGCUCACAGGUGCUGCAACAAGAACAAGAUCGAGGAGCGCUCCCAGACGGUGAAAUGCUCCUGCUUCCCGGGGCAGGUGGCAGGGACGACGCGAGCGGCUCCCUCCUGCGUGGAUGCCUCCAUCGUGCUGCAGAAGUGGUGGUGCCAGAUGGAGCCCUGCCUCGACGGGGAGGAGUGCAAGGUGCUGCCCGACCUCUCGGGCUGGAGCUGCAGCAGCGGCAACAAAGUGAAGACGACGAAGGUCACGCGAUAGCCUCCGGCCAGCUCGGCAGCGGCUGACCGGCCUCACAGUGGGUCCCGCAGCUCUGUGGAGCCGUGAGCGGUGGGACGGGGCCCGGCCGUGCCUUGCCUGCGCCGGCGGGAUGCACCAGGGAUGCCGUCCUGCGUCCCAUGCCUGCCCAGGGCACCCUGCCAGCUACCGGACCAGAGUAUCCACUGAGCCCUGGCUUCCCCGAGGCUGCAAGUACGGGACCUGGCACAGCCGCGAGACCCCUGUCACUCCGCCGUCCCCUCCUCCCUGACGGACGCACUCACUGACCAAGAAAUGGGCUCCUUUUCCCAUCCUCUUAAACAAAAUACUCCAGUCAUGUAAAAGCUGUUAACAAUACAGAGACAGACAGACAGCGGUCCCCCUAAACGGACUUUAUUCUGAAAUAGCUGAAAUCAUCGCUGUGACUUGCCUUUCCCCGUCUCCCAGGAAGUUGAAUCAGGGUCGCCGUCAGGCAUUGGGGGGUCAGCGGCUGUGUGACACCCCGUUUGGCUCACGGCCCCUGGCCCGGUGGGGUCCUAGGAGCAGGCAUUGAGCUCCAGGCCUGACCCCAUGUCACCGGGGGUCCAGGGGGCUGCUCUGACCCCGCAGCGAUGGGUUUUCCCUGCCCCAGGAUCUGGCUGCCUCGACCACGUGCGGCGGUGUGGCCGGGAGUGUCUGACCCCCGCCAGCCCCCGGAGAUGGUGAAAGGUCUCCAUGGAGCAUGCCGCUGGUUUCUCCUUCCUUGGAAAUCGCAUUAAUCAGGCCGCGAGUUUAAUAUCUGUUCUCUGCCGUGCAAGUCCCAGGCACCAAGUUACUGCUUGUGUUUGCAACCGCAUUUCAGGAAGCCUCUUCUGGCUGUGGUGUGCCCCUCGCCGUGCAGAUGCCCAGCCGGAGACCCAGACCCAGCCAGGCUCCAUUGCAUUGAUUAAAAAUAAAGAAAAACGUACCAUCUCCUGGCCAUGAGCUCGUGACCUUCUGCGGGACGCUCCAUUUCCCCUGGUGCGGCAGCAGGAGUGGGGAGGACGGGAGCCCUGUGCUCCCGACGCCGGCGGGGCUGGGGACCCCGGGCUGGCAGCACUCAGCCGGAGCGUCGCUGCAGGGAGCAGGACCAACGCCUCGGGGCACCCCCACCCCAUGCGGUGGGACAUGGGUGCUCAGGAGGGGCCGGGGCGGCAGCACGGUGCGUGCCGGGGGUGCUGGUGUGCGGCCGCCUGCCCUCCUGCUCCCGCUGCCACCGGCGGGACUCGUUGUUUAGGCGUUUUUGUAACGGGGUAUGGAAUACCUGCUCCACAUGUGAUGUAAAUACCAGACUGUGAAAUAAUAAAUUCAUUUUAAUCUC